UUACAGUCCUCCAGCGGAUUGAACGAUUUUCCAUUCAAAGAAUUUUGCAGAACCCUUUCUGAAGUCGUCGUUUCGAUUAUGCGACAACAGCUUACGGUGAGUGAAUUCCCUGGAAUCCCACCGCAACUCGGCAUUGUUUUCCGCACCUGGAUUUUGACUUUUGCAGCGGUUUGUGACGGCUCACUAGGGGACUCUACGAUCGUUUCCGCUCCUCAUUGUUGUAGACAAUCCAGUUAUCGUAUUCCGUGCUCAUGCGUUUCAGAAACAGCUCAUUUUUAUUUCGUUUGA